CCAAAACAAUGUAUCUGUUGCUUGUGCUUAUCAAGUAGACUUUUGGCUUUUGGAAUAUUAGCCUAACGACGAGGACGUGAUUUUUUGUCACAGUGUAGCCUAUUCUGGAAACUAACGACAGUUUAGCCUGUAACGCAAGUUUGUAAAUGUUCACUCAGGCGAUUCGCGGAAGUCGUUUGCUCUCCCAAACCCAGUUAUGUACAUGGGGCACGCGAAUACGUAUGAAUUCAGGAGGUAAAUUCAUGGAAAUGGAUUGAUGAGGGAUACAGUAUAUGAUCUUUUUGGCCCCCAGUCUACUUCAAGGGUUCCUCCAGGCCAAUGUUGUCAUCCUGCACAAGAACCUGGCGGAUGACUUUGAGGCAUUCUGUCGUGCCAAUGGCAGCCCCCUGCCUCUGCUGUACCGGAGCCAGACAGGAGAAUGGGGAUGCCCUCCCUUGGCUGCCAAUGCAGACAUUAGGACCGACUGUCCCCAGUACUGUGUGUUUGAGAAUGGUGUGUUGACCAGCAAAGUGGCCGACCUGCUGGCGUACACCAGUCAGUUGCAGAACAUGGUGAGCUUCUACCUGGGCUGCAGCUUCAGCUUUGAGAGUGCCCUGGAGAAGGCCGGCGUGCCUGUACGCAACGUGGAACAGGGCAAAAACGUCAGCAUGUUCAGGACUGCACGGUCGUGUCAGAGAGUUGGUGGCUUUGAGUGCCCUCUUGUGGUGACAAUGAGACCUGUGCCUCAGGACAAGCUGGACAUUGUGGCUCAGUGUACUCACCUGAUCCCACAGGCUCAUGGAGGCCCAGUACACAUUGGAGAUCCAGCGAUGCUGGGUAUCCGGGAUUUGAACCAACCAGAGUACGGAGAUCCAGUGGAGUUCCGCCCAGGAGACGUGCCAGUUUUCUGGGCCUGUGGGGUGACGGGCGUCGAGGCAGUUCAAUGCAGCAAGCCUACGCUGGCCUUCACCCACUCCCCAGGCUGCAUGUUUGUGACGGAUAAAGAGGACAUGGCCGCGUCCCCGCUCACAGUCAAACCCUCCGAAUGCCCGGAGACCUUCUGCAUUACCCAGAAUCCUCAGCACUUCAGCGUCGCCUCCAAGGCCACAGUGCAGAAGAUUCGACAGCUGGAGGAGAUUGCUGUGGAAGAUCCUGGCCAGCGAGGUAUAAGGGUGCUGUUUGUCAAGGACGAGCUGAUCAGGUCUUGCCUGGCCCUCUCCCACGCCUCGUCCGUGCUCAUCACCACCGGCUUCCCCACCCACUUCAAGUACGACCCGCCCGAGGAGACGGACGGCCCGCCGGGCGCCAUCGCCAUGGCCGCCACGCUCCAGGCCCUGGGCAAGCGGGUGGCCGUGGUGACGGACCAGCGAGCCCUGGACAUGCACCGUAAGAUCGUUCAGGAUGCCAUGGAGAGAGGUGUGAUAAAGACCGCUGUCCCGCUGCUCAGCUUCCAAAACACAGGGCCAGAUGCGGCCAUUCACUUCCUGUGUCAUGAUGGCGACCCUAAUAAACCCAGGUAUGACCACUUGGUGGCAAUAGAGCGCAGUGGCAGGGCAUCAGACGGGAACUACUACAACAUGAGGAUGGUGAACAUCAAGCACCUGGUGGAUCCUAUUGAUGACCUCUUUAUUGCGGCCAGCUCCAUCCCUGGCAUCUCUACCACAGGCAUUGGCGAUGGAGGUAAUGAGUUGGGCAUGGGCAAAGUGAAGGAUCUGGUGAAGGCUCACAUGCCCAAUGGAGGUGUCAUUGCCUGUGAUGUGUCUGCUGACUUUGCUGUAACCACAGGUGUAUCUAACUGGGGAGGCUAUGCAGUUGCCUAUGGUCUGUACCUUCUGAACUGCUGUCCUAUCCACCUACGCUACCUGCAGUGUGGUCUGGGCCAGCCCCCCACAGCUCAAGACCAGGAGGCCUGGGCCAACAGCCUGCCCACGGUGGAGAAGGAGGAAGAGUUUCUGUCCAUCCUUGUGAAGUAUGGCGUACGCAGCGGGAAGACGGCGAACCUGGCUCUGGAGGUGGAUGGCUUGACCUUUCACCCCACACACUCUGACAUCAUCAGGCGCCUGAGAGAGGUCACUCUGCCUGCCCCGUCCUCCUCUUAGUGACGUCACUGGUUUUGUACAUCAGCCGUUAGAGUGAAGCAUUGGCAAUGCAAUCUUGGGGUUAGUUCCCACCAUGCUUAAAGAUUCUGUGAGAGAUAUUAGCAUCUUGCUAAUUUAUUCCAAACGUAGAAUAUGCGUAUGCAAAAUAACUGGCAGGUGUGGAUGCUCCUCUUUGGAAGCGUUGUAAUUGGUCCAAAUGUCAGACUUUGUUGAAAUUUCAGUUGUUGAUUACGGAGCAGUGAACACAAUGUGAAUACAAAAUGAACUUGAUUUGGUUUUGGUCCACUUUCUGGUGCCUUUUUAGUGGGCUUAGAUGAAUGACUCAGUGUUUUUUGUGCAUAUGUGCCUUGGGUGGUUUGUUUUAAAGUUGGUGCAGUUCGCCUAAACUGUGUAGUGUAGUGUGAACUCAGAACACCCCUGGUUCUAUUUCACAUUUUGCAGUGUAGCCUAGGCUAGCCUAUGUUAUCCUCCUCUCACUGCUAAAAGAAAAGUCAUGUUGUUUAUUAUUAAACGUUUAGCAUUAUAUUAGAUUAAAUUAACUGAGUUUUUUGUUUUGGUCCACUUUGUGGUCCCCUUUUAUUUUAGUUGGCUGAGUUUAGGUCUUUUAAAAGGGACUAUGUGAAAACGCCUAUAGCUGCUGUCACACAACAAGCCCUAAAUGUCCUCAUGUGAGCUCUGUCCAGUCACAUUUGUUGAACUGUAACUACCACUGUCACUACCCUACAUGUAUUAACUUGACACCUUUUGGGGGGAAAAAUAAAAGACCAAGCAAAA